AUGGACGAAAAUUCAGCAGAUGCACGCACGCACGCUCGGCCAAGGACAAAACCCGUGCACCGGAGUUUCGUGGGCCCGACUUCUCAACCAGAGACUCGCGAAGUGCAGCGCGCAGUCACGCUAUUGAAAACGUUAUUGGCGGGUGGAACAGCUGGAGCUGUCGCGAAGACUGCAGUAGCCCCGUUCGAUCGUGUCAAAAUCCUCCUUCAGGUCUCGAAACUGCAUGGAGGUGCGCGUGCGUACUCCUCCAUACCGCAAACUGUUCGGAGUAUCUACAUAGAAGAGGGUUUGCGCGGUUUUUUUCGCGGAAACAGCGCGACUCUGACCCGCAUCUUUCCCUACGCAGCGAUACAGUUUACAGCCUUUGAAAAAUAUCAUGAGCUUCUGUCCCGAAUGUUGGCUCGUGGAUGGAGGCACCAGCAGAGUGCCGCAUCUUCGUCGCAGUCGCCACCUUUCCUCCGGUUUCUGGCGGGUGCUCUGGCGGGCUCCACGGCCGUCGUGGCCACCUAUCCGCUGGACCUCGUACGUACGCGCCUCGCUGCCCAGGCGGUGGCGCUCUCCGGGGGUGCACAUCCCGGUAUGAUCUACCACAGUAUCCUUGACGCACUUUGUUCACUCUUUCGACGGGGCGGUGUGCGUGGCUUGUACAGUGGGCUCUCCGCAACGCUCGUUGGCAUCAUACCAUAUGCAGGCAUCAACUUUUACAUGUAUGGCGUCCUGCGGCAACUGGCGCAAAACAAUGGCUUUGCGGAACGUUAUCCAACUUUAUCCGCGCUGGUCUGUGGCGGCAGCGCCGGCCUUAUUGGCCAGAGCGCAGCAUACCCGCUGGAAACGGUACGCCGCCGAGCGCACUGCUGGGAUCAUUAUCAUCAUCAUCAUCGAACAACGGACUUUGAUGUUGCUGCUGCUGCUCCUGCUGCUGCUGGUGACAACAUGGACGCGUGGGAAACCAAGGUUGAUCGAAAGCAGAGCAGGUUUAUCCAGCGGCAGCCGCGGAUCCCCAGCCAAGGCGUCGUUUCCACCAUUUACAGUAUCGUGCGUGCCGAAGGCGUUCGGGCGCUCUAUCGCGGACUCAGUCUUAACUUUAUCAAAGCAGCGCCCACUGUUGGCAUCAGUUUCGCAGUCUACGAAAAAAUGAGACAAUGGCUUAAGCUGCCUGCUUCAUCAAGCUCCACUGCGCGUCCACUGUAA